AUGGAGGUCUACAUUCCCCUAGAGAUCGUCACUAAAAUAUUUACUCUGGCCACUCGAACGAGAGGAAUCGCAGUGAACUGGAUUGUAUAUUCUAAAAGCACAUAUUUGUGGUUCGAAAAAGUUCUUUAUGAAAAGGUCGUACUUGAGGAUGAAGAGCAGGCGUCUCAUUUUUUACGCUGCAUCGGUGUCAGGUACAAGUACGAGGAGUUCGCUCGCACGACAAUCUCUUCCUUGUACCUCGACAAGGGCAUCGCGCACACAACAAUGCACGACAUUAUAUCGCUGUGCAAAGGAGUAAAGAACUUGCACUUGUCAUCUCAAUCUACUGCAUUCAAAUGGUUAAUUCCAGGGUCGAAGGUAGUGAAGUUGACCAAUUACAUUCUCACACAUCCAACCCUCCAAGUACUACUCUUUCACAUCAAGUCACACCGCUCGUUUUCAUAUUACCUCAAGGAAGGUAAUAUAAUCGAUCCUCGAAUCGUCAUCGCUCCUAUGGAUUUUUGUAAGUGGGAUGACUUAGGACGCGGACACAUGUUACUGUGGGAACUCGCGGAGGCGAAGGUCAAGUUACGAGAUCCAAACCACAGACGCAUCAGAAAAACCACCAUUAUCAAUAGAUUCAACGACUAUUCUAAUUUGGAUCGAAUCCCUGAACAGGCCGAAGAGAAUGGGGUAAUAUCGUCCAUCAACGCUGAGGCGUGGGAUCCAAAUGGUGAUGUGGAAUACAAUUCAGACGAAGAACUUGAAGGCGUUGUGAGCUUUGGAAUAUGA